CAAUCGGCACACAACCGCGGAUGCGUCCUCAGUUGCCGUCAGCCGGUUGUACAGUCGCGAUCAUUGCGUGCGGCGCCAUGUGGUCCAAGCUGUUGGUCGUCGUCGUUUAUCUCGUCAUCGUCGCCACAGAAGGUCAUCCGGAAAAUACCAAGAAGCUGUAUCAGAACGAGUUGCAGACUGACCUCCAACAUGAAAAUCGGACUGACGUUAAUCAUGCGAAAGAGAAUUCCAAUGAAUUGAAUUCCGACCGACAACAAUCAACAAACACUUAUAAAAAAAUACCCGCGCCCAUGGUGGAUGAUGAUCUUUUGGAGUUUUUGGUUCGUGUGGCAGACAAUCCAGCGGAAUGGAAUAAAAUUCGUCGUGUUUUAAGUAUGUUGGGCCGGGACGAGACGGGCACGCCGACUGCGGCGGCGGUGGCGGCCGACGACGGUAACCACGUCGGAGCGGCCGCCGUCAGUAUCGCGUCCACGUCGACACCGGUGCCGCCGGUCACCACUCCAUCAACGGCACCGCCGAAGAUCACGGCGACAGUGGCGAGCGUGGACAACGAACGCGGUGCGGAACACCAACCGCCGCCGACCACAUCGUCUUCGUCGUGGCCGUCGGGCGAUUGGAUCAUGAAAACGGUGCAAGACAUCAAAGCGGCGGCCAGGGCCCGGGGAAUAGGCGCCGGGGGCGAGGACUAUGACGGCGACGACGACGGCAACGACUACGAUUACGAUGACCAGACAGACGACGAGAUCGAAGAGAUCGAAGCACCGACCGCCACGGCGCCGCCGCAGCCGUCGCGGCCGCCAUUGCUUAGGACGGUGCCCGGCCACAUGUCCCGGUACGAGUUCAAGCGGUUGGACGGCAGACCGAACGACGGUCGUGUCAACGGCACGUACGUGGCCGUCAUCGAGAGCGAUCGUCCGCCGCGCGUCGUCAUCUACGACCCGGCGAGGCAGAAAAAACCAAGAACCGACAAAUAAUUCCAUCAGAAGACAGUGGAUGACGGACUUGCAAAUGGCAGCUAAAAACCGCCCGAAAGAAAACAAUUUUUCCGCAUAGUAAUACACACACACAUACACACACACUCACACAAAAGAAGAUUUUGUUGUAUCAAUCAAAUGAUAAAUUAUUGUUAUAAUACAGUAUUACAUUAUAAACACGUCUGGUUAAACAUAUUUCUCUCGUUCAUAUUUUAAUGCGUUUUAAUUUUUCGAUGUUACGACCAAAACUGACACUGUCACGUAUUAAUUUUUAAUUAAUAUAUUAUAAUAAAAUUAAAUAUCAUAAGUUGUAAUUAUUAUCGUGUGCUGUAUACACAUACGAACAAUACAUUUUACUGUGUGAAAUAUUAAUAAUAAAAAUAACAUUAUAUUUAUAAUUAUUAUACUACAAAUAAGCAUUACAAUACUUAAUAUUAUUAUAUACUAAUAUAUUAUAUCAUACGCUGAAGUUAAUUUCUAUAUUCCGUACUUACUUAAGCAUUAGAUGAUAAUAUUAUGAUGUCUGAUAUGAUAAUAUAUUAGAUAAUACGUAUACGCGUGUACGAUAUAGAUCCGAAUGUCGAUUUUCAUUUUGUUCCCUUCUUCGAAUCCGUUUAUCAUAUAUUAUUAUUAUUAUUAUUAUAUAAUUUAUUUAUGCUGUAUAUGUGUAUAAAUAAAUGAACAAACAAAAAAAUGUUAUCUUAUCU